AUGACCACUGGACCCAUGAUCACCACUGAGCCGAUGAUCACCACUGAGCUCGUGAUCACUACCGAAGCUGCGUCUACUACUGAUUACGUGACAAGUACUGACUCGAUGACUAUCUCUAAUACUAUAAGCAGUACCCUGGCCGAUACCACCGCCGAGAUUGGAGCUAGAGGAUGUGAUCAAUACUGCGAAAGCAUUGCUCCUGGCAGCUUUUGUAUGACUUAUAAGUUGCCCAACGUCUGUUCGGCAACUGAUGUGCCAUGCAACU